AUGAUACGAAGGGAAAUAGACUGGGAAAAGCUGAAGAAGAAAGAAGAGAAAGAGAGAAAAGAAGAGGUUAACAGGAAAAUUGCAUCGCAGAAAGCAAUAUCAGUAAUUCUGCGAAGAGAGGCUACUAAAGCUGUAAUUGAGAAGAAAAGAGGUCCUACUAAUUCAAAAAAGUUGCUUCCAAGAACUGUCCUCGAAGCUCUUCAUGAAAGAAUCACCUCUUUGCGCUGGGCUUCAGCUCUUCAGGUUUUUGAACUACUUCGGGAGCAGCUAUGGUACAGACCUUAUGCUGGCAUGUAUGUCAAACUCAUUGUCAUGCUCGGAAAGUGUAAACAACCUGAUAAGGCCAACCAACUUUUUCAAGCUAUGAUAGAUGAAGGCUGUGCUGUGAGCCAUGAAUCCUACACAGCUCUUUUGUCUGCCUACGGCCGGAGUGGUCUCUUUGACAAAGCAUUUUGUAUUCUGGAGGAAAUGAAGAACAAUCCUGAUUGCCACCCUGAUGUCCACACGUAUGCAAUACUCAUAAAAUCAUGCCUCCAAGCUUUUGCCUUUGACAAAGUGCAGGCGCUGCUUUCUGAUAUGGAAUCUAUGGGAAUCAGACCGAAUACAGUCACAUACAACACCCUCAUUGAUGCCUAUGGCAAAGCAAAAAGGUUUGCAGAGAUGGAAGCAACGCUAAUGGAGAUGCUGAGUCAGCAUAAUUGUGAGCCUGAUGUUUGGACCAUGAAUUCAACAAUUAGAGCCUUUGGUGGCAGCGGACAAAUAGAAAUGAUGGAGAAUUGUUAUGAGAAGUUUCAGAGUUCUGGGAUUGAAUCCAAUAUUAAGACCUUCAACAUUCUCUUGGAUUCCUAUGGAAAAGCUGGGAACUACCAGAAAAUGGGUGCAGUCAUGGAAUACAUGCAGAGAUACCAUUACUCGUGGACAAUUGUUACCUACAAUGUGGUGAUAGAUGCAUUUGGACGAGCAGGGGAUUUAAAACAGAUGGAGUAUUUGUUUAGGCUAAUGCAGUCAGAAAGGAUCAAGCCAAGUUGUGUGACACUUUGCUCUUUAGUGCGAGCUUAUCGGGAAGUUGGCACACCUGAAAAAAUUGGGAGUGUUCUUCGUUUUAUUGAGAAUUCUGAUGUAACUUUGGAUACUGUGUUUUUUAAUUGUUUAGUUGAUGCGUAUGGUAGGUUGGAAUGCCUUGCAGAGAUGAAAGAUGUGCUUGAGUUGAUGGAGGAGAAAGGUUGUAAGCCUGAUAAAGUUACAUAUAGAACAAUGAUUAAAGCUUAUUCCUCGAAGGGAAUGACUAGCCACGUGAAGGAGCUCCAAAAACUUCUCAGGUCCGUUGAGCCGACCCGAUCGCAGAAGAAGCCUGAUUUUUUAUGUUAA